UGUUGCCUACCCUGAAGCUGAAGGGUACAAAAUCAGCCACUCAUCGAAGUUCCAAACAUCAACACCCUCUGUACAUUCUACUUCCUUCUCUCCUCUGCUCGGAAUGGAAGCAAAAUCCUCUCUACCUCCGACUAACUCUUAUACCCAGAUAACCCAUCAACCAUUGAAAUUGAAGAAACCCCACGACGAUAAUACUGAGCAAAUAGGCUCCUUUACGAGCAGCUGCAGCUUCGAUGACAGUGAUAAAGGUGAUACACAAAACCCAUCAGCUUCAAAAACUUGUCUCUUCAGUGAAGAGGAAAUUGCAAUUCAGAAGCCUGAGUCGGCUGCUGUAAAUGCGAGAGAGGAAAUUGUUGGGGCAGAGGAUAAUGGACGAGAGAGGCUGAAGCGUCACAAAGUUGAAGUGGCUGGAAGGGUUUGGAUUCCUGAGAUGUGGGGUCAGGAAGAGCUUUUGAAAGAUUGGAUAAAUUGCUCUGCUUUUGAUGCUCCCUUUGUUCCCAGCAGGAUUAUGACGGCACGAGCGGCUUUGGUCCGAGAAGGAAGAAGGGCACUGCUCGUGGAUUGACCAUGUAAAACAGGUCUUUGAUUUUUCAUUCGUCAAGCACAUUUAGCAGCCUGUUCCUGUGGAGGAUGGUUUAUAAAUCCUCACCUUGUUUAUAAAACCACUGUGUUACAUUUUGUACUUGCAUCAAGAACAUGAUUUGAUGAAUAAGUCCUUGAUUGGCUAGCCACCAA